CAAUCUAUUCAACCUCUGGAUCAUCAACACGGUGCAUCGGCAGACAUCAAACUUCGACAGCUGGAUGAGGAGUCUCACAAGAAGAAACUGGAGGACAGUAAAGCGCAGAUCAAUGCCUUGGAAAACAGACUGCUCAAGUAUCAAGAUGAGCUGGAGCACCGGAUGAAGCAGGAUGUGCAAGACCAGGUGUCCAAGUUCAAAGAAGUCGAGCUUGCCAAAAUGCGGCUGGAGGAGAAGGCAAGAUAUCAGCAGGACGCAGCCAACUUGCGGGCCGAGCUCGAAAGGGCUAACCUUGAGAAGACUCAGAGCAUCCUGAAAUGGGAAGAGGACGAGAAGAAGCGGGUCGAAGCACGGGAGAAGGAGGUGGAGCGCCAAAACAUUGAGCUGAGACAACGGCUUUUGGAAGAAAGCAACCGUGUGAUCUUCACAGAGCAAAAGAUUCGAAACGAGGCCGAAAUGGAGGCGCGGGCAAUGAAGCUGGACUAUGAGAGCCUCAACAGACGAUACGAGCAGGCCAUGGAACACGUCAAGGACUUGCAGGAGUUCAAAGAGAGAUACACUCUCAAAAUGCAGGAGACAAUGGCGCAAUACAAGGUGGAGCUGAACCAGGAACACGCAGAACAGCUCUCGAGCGUCAAGAUCGAGAAAACAAAGAUCGAAGCCGAGUGGGAGAUCUUGAAAGAACGCCAAAAAGCCGUCGACUACAUCAUGAAGCAGGUUACCGCAUCCCAGGAGGAGCUCGAUGGCUUGCGGGAGUCCUAUAAACAGGCCAAGCAGGAUCUCGCCGAAACGGCCAAGGCCCGAGACGAAUACAUUGUCAAGUGCAAGGAUCUUGAGCUGCGGGUUAGCUCGUUCGAAAACUCAACUGCCUUGGAAUUUGAGCUGCAGAGUCUGAAGAAACAACUCCUGGAGGCGGAACUUACGGCCCAGAGACGACAGGAAGAGUAUCAGGCCCUGCUCAAGACAUUCAUGCUCCCCAAAGAAGACGAGCAGAAGGAGCUCGCCAAGAUCAAAAAGUCGGAGCGCAAAUGGCAACGCGAGUGCCAACAGCUCAUUGUUCGCCUCGACCAGGAAAUGUCGCAAAACGAAGAACUCCAAAGGCAACUGGACGAUGAGAUUCUCAAGGGCAGGGAGCUCCGACGCGAGAUCGCCAGUCUAAAGCUGAAGCUACACACCAGCGAAGUGAACUCACAGAUGCCCACACUGCUGGAUGCACCCCAGCCAAGGCACUACCUCCCCAAUCCUGUCGACCUUGGCAUGUUCGACAGGCUGUCUCCAAAGCACGCCCAUAUGGAUCUGAUGGCCGAGUCUCCGGUGCCGAGGGAGCGCAGAGUCGAUCCAGCCUGGGGCUGGUCCCAGAGCCCAGGUCGCGACCACAGCAAUCACGGCUCGCCAACCACGGCGGCUCGGCUUCACUCCUCGAUCAAGGACGACCUCGAGCAAGUCAAGCGCAUGCAGGCCCAAGUCGAGUAUACCCACUCGCUAUUCACGCAUCAGGAAAGCCCAGUCCGCACUCAUCCCAACGACAUACAUGAUGAUCCGGCAUGUAUCAUCGGCGGCCAUUCAAACCAAGGAGAUCGUCCACCGGAUAUCUCGCAUGUUGUGGCUGCCUCGCAGUCGAGACGACUGCCAGAUGCCGUGGUGCCACUCCCUUCAUCAAAUAAUGUGACUCCCACUCUUGAGGCUGGACACGCCGGGGAGACUGCGGCCUUGAUGAACGCAUCCACCCGACACCACAGCAGUGCUCAUGUGCAGCCCAACGAUGAAUCAACAGCACCGACCAGCGCAGAGCCAGCAAAAGUACUUCGCAAUGAACUCGGAGACCGAGAAUUGUCUCUGAAGGAGGAUAAAUACCAAGGCAAUAUCGGGACUGCGAUACAGAGAUGCGAUCAAGCAGCGAUGACCCAGGCAGAGUCCGGCCUGCUUGGAGCCAGCACAGGCAAGCCACAAACCCCACUUCCCGCACAUCAGCAGUCGGUCGCCGGUUUCCAGGGCAUCACAGCCGAGUCUCAGUCUGUGGUAGACAGCAGUCUUGCCAAGAACAGCUCGAUCUCCGAAAAGAACGAUUCCGAGGCGAAUGCACAUGCAGAGGAGCAGCGGAAAAAGGCCGAGCUCGAAGAGGCGCUGGAGUGGGAAAGAGCAAAGCUAGAGCGGCUCAGGCGCGCCGAGGAGCGUCGUCAGGAAGAGGAGCGAGAAAGGGAGCGAGUUCGCCGUGAGAAAGAGGAGCUUGAGCGGCAUGAACAAGAGCAGAAGCUCAAACGUGAGCGCGAGCAAGCCGAAGAACGCGAGCAGCAGAUCAGGUUGGAGCAUGAAGCCAGGGAGCGCGAGGAAGCCGAAAGACUCAAGCGCAUCGAGGACGACAGACUGAACGUCAUCCAGCAGGACCCACUGAUGCAAAAGUACAUGGCGCUGGUCCAGGAGAAGCGCGAGAAGGAGAGCACCAACCCAAGACCCAGGACCAUCUUUGAUUCCUUUGAAGCGGCGGGCAAGUCGUCCCGGAACCCGGCGGCCGAGCCCAUGAGUGCCAGCAUUUCAUCUGUGGACUUUGGUGGGGGCGACACCGAAGUGAGCGCACCAGCAUUCGACGAUGCCACGGACGACAGCCAGGGCUGGUAGCACCCGCAAGUCUCUGUCCUGCAUUGGUGGUUGCAUCGAGAAUGAAAGAAACCAUAGAGUACUCUAGAGCCGUACCAGACCACGACCAUCACUGGUGGCACUCGACAUUCAGUUCAAUAU